UCCACAUGAAGGAACUCGGCCAUAAAUCUCCUUUCCGUGCGCCUCUCCCUCAGAUCAGUGGUCUUCAAAGCGGCUCAUUUCAUCGUCAUGGACUAAUGGGAGCAGAAGUUCCCCGACACCACGGCAUCAUGUUCGGUGCACCGCAAGCUGCAACUCACUCAGAUGUGUUGAUGAAGAUGAGCGAUGAUGGGCCUGAACCUCCUGUCACAGGGAAAGCAUUUUCAUUCUUAACACAGAGAAAUUCACUGUCCUAUUCUGCUCAUUCACUUCAACGCCAGUCCACCUCUCGAGACCCUCCAGCUCCCCCUCCUCCUACUCUUGGUCCAGCUCCUCCGCUAGCUGAAAGGUUUUCCAGUAGUGCAGAAUCUUUAUUCUCCAGACAAAGAGCAAACUUAUUUUCUGAUGAACAAGAAAUGUCAGGCUUUGGUCUCAGGGGUUGUGCGCUUGAAGAAGAACCCGUUAGACAAGAUCAGCCAAUGAAAGAUGCCCCUCCUGCUCCACUUGAUGAAGCAUCAGAUGUCCAUGUAGAGCGACGUAUGCACAAAUCCAGAGGUAGACCAUUAGCAAAGCCUGAAGAAGAUGGUCCCUUAUAUGGAAGUUCUUGGGGAGGACAGGUCCACAUGAAGGAACUCGCCCAAAAAUCUCCUCUCCGUGCGCCUCUCUCUCAGAUUAGUGGUCUUCAAAGGAUCACUCUCCGUAUGCCUCCCCCUCCUCUCUCAUUUCAUCCUCGAGAACAAAUAGCAGCAGAAGUUCCCCAACGCCAAAGCGCCAUGUACGGUACAACGCGAGCUGCAACUGAUUCAGAUGUGAUGAUGAUGAUGAUGAACAACCGUGCGACUGAGCCUCCUGUCACAGGGAAAGCAUUUUCAUUCGGAAAUGCACUGUCCGAUUCUGCACAUUCACUUCAACGCCAGUCCACCUCUCGAGACCCUCCAGCUCCCCCUCCUCCUACUCUUGGUCCAGCUCCUCCGCUAGCUGAAAGGUUUUCUAGUAGUGCAGCAUCUUUAUUCUCCACAGCUCAGCUCUUAUUUUCUGAUGAACAAGAAAUGGAAGGCUUUGGUCUCGGGGGUUGUGCGCUUGAAGAACAAGAUCAGCCAAUGAAAGAUGCCCCUCCUGUUUCACUUGAUGAAGCAUCAGAUGUCGAUGUAGAGCGACGGAGGCACAAAUCCAGAGAUAGAUCAUCAGCAAUGCUUGAAGAAGAUGAGCCCUUAUGUGGAAGUUCUUGGGGAGGACGGGUCCGGAGUAAAGGUCUUUUUAAGUCUUCCAGGAUGCGUCAAUCAGCUGAUCAACCAUUCGAGAGGAAGUCAGCAGACCCUGAAGCGCUGAAGCUCAGAUGGACAGAGAUCUUCCAAAUGCAGCAUUCGGAGGGUUACUGGCAGUUCACCGCAGAGCUGGGUGAGCUGAUUAAUUUGGAUGUGGACCUCUUCGCCAACGUGUUCCUGAAAAACAAAGGCAUCCAGUCUCUGGGUGUGAAGGCCCAUGCAGACAUCCUGAAGCUGGUGGCGACUCUGCUGGUUCUGCAGCUGAUGAGAGAGGAGAAGAUAGAGGAGGGCAAACUGCUCCGCACCCUGUUCUGCCUGGACGACUCCCCUCUGCCCAGGCCUGAGCGUUGGGAGGAGGUGAAGAGGGCGGUGGACUGGGUCUGCUGGGCGGACCGGCAGUACCCGUGUGUCUACAGCCGGCUGGAGUUUGGAUUCAGCUGGGAGUCCUCCACCCGCCAGCUGCUUGGCUUCGAAGGCCUCCCUCCCUUCUCCGCUCUCAGGGGGCUGAACCUGCAGAAGACCGUCCCCCAGGUUCUGGUCCACUGAGCAGGAUAGUGAGAGGGAGGUUCAUACCCCUUUUGCUUUUUAUGGGGAUUACAUAAUCUAUUAGAUGUAUUUGUAGCCCUUUUAUUCAGUCAGUGUGUUUACAUGUUCUUAGGUAGAUACAAUUGGCUUACUGCAGACCUGAUUUAUUAAACUUAAACUGCUUUGGGUCUACAUAUCGCCUUUUCUGCACGUCAGCAUCUUUUUUCAAAUGUAUUCCAAUAAGGCGAGAGCUUAUACUGUUUUACACCGUGGUCUUCAGAGAAAGAGUUGCACCCCUCGUCUUUCUUCUGACCGUUCCACCGUUUUGGUCAAGUUGAAAAUAUUUAAACUUUCCAGAAAAACGCUGUUGACGUCACUGAAGGAAAUGACUGUCUCACUUUCAGACAGUAACCAUCAUAACAAAGACCAAAGAGCCUGUUUGUUGGAGCAGAUCUGCCAGUGAGUGUGUGGCUUUUAUCGUACCGUAUACAUAUCAUCCUCCUCACUUUAAGGCU